CACCGAAUAAAGCAGAGGCUACAGAAACAACUCAAUGUGUACAAUUAUUGAAAAUUAUGGCCAUCACAACAAGUCAAACAGCCUCCUGUAUUCUGAAUUAUAAAAGUAUUAAAGAAAGGGGCCAUCGCCUAAACUUGGUUUCAAUUCUCAAGCACUUCUCCCUCUCCUCCUUUCUCCUCACACAAGAAACUGGGGAAGACUAAUAUCAAACUUUCAUCACUUUCGCUGCUCUCACUCUCUCUAAUGCGGUCAACAAUUUUCACGUUCCUUCUUCUCUCCCUGGUUUUCCCUCACUACAUGUUUCACCAACCAUUAAUUUUUGUUAAUGGAGACAUGAAACUGAUCCAGGAAACUUGCAAGAACACCAAGUAUUACGACCUUUGUGUCUCAUCUCUCAAAACUAAUGCCACAAGCACAAAAACUGACACCAAAGGUCUUGCACUUAUCAUGAUUGGUGUUGGAAUGGCUAAUGCCACGGCCACAUCAUCUUAUUUAUCAUCUCAAUUGCUUAGCACUGCACCAAAUGACCCUACCAUGAAGAAGGUACUGAGAGAAUGUGCAGACAAGUACGGUUAUGCUGCUAAUGCUCUUCAAGAUUCAGUUCAAGAUCUGGCCACAGAGUCAUAUGACUAUGCUUAUAUGCAUGUCAUGGGAGCCUCGGAUUAUCCAAAUGCUUGCCAUAAUGCAUUUAGAAGGUACCCUGGACUGGCUUAUCCUUCCGAGCUUGCACGUAGAGAGGAUGGUUUGAAGCAUAUCUGCGAUGUGGUCCUGGGGAUGAUUGAUCAUCUUGGUUUGUGAUUUGUAUCCACUUUUUAAUGCAGAUCUCUUAGCUAAUUA